CACUCAGGAAAAGGGCAGCCUUGGCAGGCCUGGUGUGAGCUUUCCUCCCAGGCUGCGGCAUCCUCAUCCACCCUGGGGCUCUAUUCAGAUGUCUUCCCGGCUCCCGCGGCACAUGGAAGCCUUUUGUUUAUUCUUUCUAUCCUUCAAUCCUGAUUUUGUCUUCUUUCCCCAGCCUUUGUUACUUGGCUGUCUACUGCCUAGAAAUAGCUACAAUUUGGACGAGGAGCCACCAUAAUUGAGCACCAGGAUUUUCUAGGUGGACAAAGAUAACGAUACCGUCAUGGUAUCAGGGGGUCUCCAGCUCCUUGCUUUCUUCCUGGCCUUAUCUGGGGUCUCUGGAGUGCUCACGGCCACUCUGUUGCCCAACUGGAAGGUGAAUGUGGACGCGGGCUCCAACAUCAUAACAGCCAUCGUACAGCUGCAAGGGCUGUGGAUGGACUGCACGUGGUACAGCACCGGGAUGUUCAGCUGCACCUUGAAGUACUCCACUCUGUCCCUCCCCACCCACGUGCAGGCUGCGCGGGCCACCAUGGUCCUGGCAUGUGUCCUGUCUGCUUUGGGGAUCUGCACUUCUACAGUAGGGAUGAAAUGCACUCACUUAGGAGGGGACAGAGAAACCAAAAGUCAUGCUUCUUUUGCUGGCGGGGUCUGCUUCAUGUCUGCAGGGAUCUCUGGUUUAAUACCGACAGUGUGGUACACCAAAGAGAUCAUAGCAAACUUCCUGGAUCUGACAGUGCCUGAAAGCCACAAACACGAACCUGGAGGAGCUGUCUACAUCGGAUUCAUUUCGGCCAUGCUGCUGUUUAUCUCUGGCGUGAUUUUCUGCGCUUCCUGUAUAAAAAAGAAUUCAGAAGCUUGGGUUGACCCACCCAAGCAGGAGCAUAUCUCCAGCACACAGCUGGAGGGCAAUUCAGCAUACAACCUGAAGGAUUAUGUGUAAAUAACUGUGUAAUGCAUAUAGAAUUUCUA